CUGAUACGGAGCCUUGGUCGAAUAUUCAUAUGUGUGGUUGUAUUAGUUGCUGUGUGUUGUUGUUGUAUGCUGGUUCUCACAAAAAACAUGGACUUAGGAAAAAGUAUUUUCAAGUUUGGACGUGUUCUUCAUUAUACAGACAACACCGUCAGUGAAGCAUCAAAAUUCAGGACGUCCACAGAUAUAACACCACAUGGGGACAGGAAACAGAUUCAUCGACAGAGUUUGAUAGAGAACGUUACCUCUAGCAGUGAGCAUGACGUCACCGUUGUCACGGCGUAUUUCGAUCUUGGAACAUUUAGGAAAGGGUCUGCUAAACAUUUCUCUACUGAGACCUACCUCAGUUGGUGCAAAAUAUUCAGAUAUCUGCUUAACCCGUUAAUAGUAUACACCGAUUCACAGAAGUUUUAUAAUUUAAUGAAGAACAUCAGAAAUGAAACAGUCACCACAACACGGAUUCAUCUCAUCAAAAGAAACUCGUCUUGGGCUUUUCAGCUGCGAAGCAAUAUAUCUAAAGUAUUUUCCCAAAAAGGAUAUCCUAAACACUAUCCUAAUACAGUUUUACCCGAAUACGCAUGCGCACAGCUCGCAAAAUAUGAUGUCAUAUCCCGUGCUUCUCGCGACGACGUGUUCAAGACGAAUUAUGUUAUGUGGUUGGACGUUGGUUACUUCAGAGAUAGAAAGUCAACCAACUAUUUUUCACUAAGAAGGCCGAUAGGCUACAACGAAAGUCGUGUAGCUAUGAAUGUCAUCCAUGCGAAUACAAACAUGGCUAUGUCAGUGACAGAUAUAUUCCGUAACAAUCUAGUUUGGGUCGGCGGAGGUCUGGUGUUUGCAAAUAGGGAUAUCAUUUCUCGAUACGAAACUCAGCUGAAAAAGGCCGUGGAUUAUUUCCUAAGCAGGCGGCUGAUGAAUACCGACCAGCAGGUAGUGUACGCGUUGUUUAGUGACGAGGGGCGACGCGGGAUCCGCCCUCACAUUGAGCUCCAGUUGAACACCCCUCCUGCGGACAACAACUGGUUCUACCUGGGAAAUAUCAUGCUCAGAGAAGACCUUCCAUUUAUUUCAAGUUCCACCAACAAUAGAACAAAACAACGGAUAUAAGUAUACGUAAUAUUGACAGUUGUCUGUGUUACAUAUACAUAAUUAACACAUACAAGUAAUCAAUAUAGCGACCGACCUUCAGAAAAUUGUAUAACUAACAUAUUUUAGUAUGAACUGAAAUACUAAUGGUAUCAUUGCGUAUCACCAGAUUAUAGCACGGUAUCAUAGUAAGGCAAGUUAUAAUAUAAAUCAUAUAAGAUAACUCACUGAACAAUAUAUCCAAAUUGUUUGGAUAACUGCCGGAAAACUCUUUUUUUUUGAGAGCGUUGGUAAAGUCAUUACACAUCUAUCUUAAAACGUACAUGUGAAAAUAUGUGAUCUGAUCUUUUGUCAGCAGUGUUUUAUUACUGGUUCCAGACAUUAACGCAAAAAAAUGGUUCAUUCCAAGACAAACAAUAGUGAUCAAAACCAUUAAUCUGUGAGAGUGCAGCUGUACCUAUCAACACACAUUUAAUUACAAACCUAUGGCAAAACCAUGUCCAAUUUCUAUGGAUUUUAAUUCAUUUGUAUGGGAUAUCGCAAGGAUGUCACAAACUCCAAAGAUAAACAAACAUUGUUUGAUUUAAUAUAAGCGAACUUGGCAAGCAUCUAUUAAUAAUUCAGUCAAGAUGCAAUUACAAAUUUAUCAAGACCAGUUUUAAUUGGAACCUUACCAUAUGAAACUAAAUCCUUCUUUAAGGGUCCCAAUUAUCACGCUAAAUCAGGAAGGUGCACAAAUAUUGGCACUAGUCAAAGGAAAUGUAAUACCUGUAAAUGAGACAUCGGCGAUGAAGCUCAUUAUAUUAUAUUAUAUUAUAUUAUUAAUAUCGUAUAAUAUAGUUGAUGCAGACAAAAACUUUCUUAGUACAAUAACUAAUAUUUCGUCCAACAGUCAGUAAAU